CGCUAUCAAAGUUAUCAUCAGGGCCUCAAUUAAAAAUUCACCGCUGAGGAUCACAUGCACACAAACGCGUAAACAGACAUGGGAUAAGCUUAAACAACGUUCUAAAAUAAUGAGAAAAUACAUAUGGAGUGUUGCUGUUUUGUUGUUGACAGGUUUGCGGGAUGUUGACGGUGUGUCCCAGCGGAAGAUCUAUACACUCCAUACGGAGGCAAAGACGUGGAACGCUGCGGCCGAGAUAUGCAAGGAUCAGUUGGGUCACCUCGUAAAGGUGAAGGGCGUCCGUGAGCUGCAGGAGAUUCUUUUCAUGGACACGACGGAAGGGGAGGCUUGGGACGGACAGCUCGCUGACAUCAUGUACAGCAGCGGUUUCUGGACGGGCCUCCAUCAACCGUUAUACCCGAGCGACUCAAAGUGGCAGUACCACGACUGUGACCACAUGAGCAACGAGACCGACUUUAAAAACACGCCCGGACCCACGGCACACUGCGGGGCAUACGUCAACCCCACAUUCGAUCUCGUGGCUUCCGCCUGCAGCGAGGCCCGGCCUUUUAUCUGCCAGAGAUUCAGUGGUGACUGCUGGUACGAGCCAUUCCCGGAACAGAAGGGAAGGGAUAUACUGAUCUCGGACAAGACGUCGGUCGGGCCAGGUCUUACGGCCAGCCAGUGUGCAAUGGAAUGUAGGGAUGAGAUCAUAUCAUCCUACAAAGGAGAGUGUUGGGGAUUCUACUUCACUACGAUCAAUAACGAGUGUGAGCUGAUCCACCGUGACUUGCCCGACGUUUCCUCCACAUACGUACGCUCCGCCAACCGCUUCGAUGACAGCAGCGACCCGGACCUCAUCCUUUAUAUUCGCAGGUGUUUUGAAGGUGAAGUGGACACCGGAAGCUACAACAAGUUUACUGCAAGCGACACCCUGCCGUCCGCGACGACAUGUGACGUCGAGCAGUACUAUGGAGAAAGCGUUUCGGGCGAGGUGUGUUUCUGCUCGACCCAAGACCAUCCACCCAUUCCGCCGACGACGAGCUCCGAGGAGGCAGCUGCGCAGAUAGAGAAAGAGCUGACCCUAGACUCAUCGAACACAAGUUCCGCGAUUCGCUCCAAGACCAGCGCCGAGGACAACAGACCUAGCGCUAUCGGCGUUGGUGCGUCCUUAGGUGCGGGCAUGUUGGCAUUCGUGUUCGGCGGGCUGUUUCUCUUGGACCUUCCGGUGCUCAUCGAAACGCUAAAGGGAGCUAUACAGUCGUUCACCUCGUCGGAGAAUGCCAUGCAGACCCUCACCAGGUCGGACUCCGACUGUUGA